AUAUCAUCUGACACUUUUAUUUGGUGCCUGACACUUUUGAAAAAUACUUUUGCUUCAGAUUUAACUGUAAACAGAUUCUUUAAUUCAAUUCAAUAACGUAUCAUAAUAUUCAUAGUACAGUUAAAGUCCUAAUUCUUGUAAUUAUUGACCAUCUGAUUAAGUUUAUAUUUAUUGCUGCAUUAAGAACUUUGAGCCAACUUUGAGUGUGCCAGUAUUGAAAUAAGCCCAGAAUGUCUGAAUAUUUUCGAAGGCCUGCAGCUACAAAUCUCAAAUCAAAUACAAGACGUACCACCAAGUGGAUCUAUUGGAACCAAAGCGUGAUAUUAUUUGGCUUUGUCUUGGACUUGUUAAUAGUGCCAACUAAAUCAGAUGAGGAUGACUCCAGUGAUUGGGAUUACAAUAGCCUACUUGCGACUAUUGCAGAGCAAAACUCUUCCAGUAAUUGGAAUAAUGCUACAUUACAUACAAGGCUUUCUCAGCACUUUGUCAGUACAAACUUUAGCGCCUUUCAAUCAAAUGCUGUCUACACCACAGAACACAAUUAUUCCAUGUUGGCGAUGGGUCACAUAUACAAAUUGGUGCACUUUUUUUUCGAUCAGCUUGAGCCAAUACUGCCUGGCUAUGUUGUGGUCAAGGUAGGGGAUAUUCUCUCCCUAGGGCCCAAGGUGGCGUCUAACGACUGGAGCACUCUCUUGGCGCAGUAUUGGGUAGUGUAUUUGUGGGUUAUUCUCCUGCUCGUUCUCAUCAUAAUCGUACCUUUCAUAGCUGUGUGUUAUUGCUGCAUCUGGUGCCGGCGUUGCAAAAUAGGAUGUCCACCCUGCGAUCAGCAAAAGAAUGCACGCAAAUUUUACUGCUGGAGUUCCAUUCUCAUCUUGCUAAUGCUUGGAAUUCUGCUGGGACUUAUUAUUGCCUAUGCGAACCAUUCUUUGCUAGAUAUUGGACUUCAGCAGUCAAAUCGUCUCAAGCGCCGUGGCACCGAGGACACUUGCACCAUCCUUAAAGAUGCUCACCGACACAUUCAGCAUCUCUUUAUAAAAAAUUACAAAGAGAUGAGUGACCAUCUAAAGGAAAUCUUAAAUGAGGCAGGCCAACACGUAUACUCUGACCUACUGGAUAUCUCUGAGUCCGUUGCGGCGAUUGAAUUUGAGCGCAUUCUAAUGAACAUGGAAAAGGCGCAUUCUUUGAUGAGCACAUUGCGAGGAUUGCACACGGAUCUCCGUUUUUACGGCAGGCAACUGGUAGACGGCUUGCGCGGAGUAAAGCGUGACUUAAGUUACGUUUGUAUUUCGAUGUGUGGAAAUAGCGAUUGCCUUCAUUUUUUACAAAGAUCGAGAAUUCAAUUCAUUGAUACCUCACCGUGUCUUCACUUUGAUAAGCUACCCAAUGUCGAAUAUUAUAUGGAGGGCAUUGAAUCAAUAAUAAAAGCAAGGGAUCUCACUGACAUCAAGUUAGACAAGAUAGUCAACCUGGUUAAGGCUGGUGUAAAUCCAAUCGUGCCGCCACUGCUCAAAGAUAUUAAAGAGGGCCAAUCAUUUUUCCACGCAGAAUCAACAACCUUACGGAUAAUCCUCGAUGAGGUGAUCUCUGAAAUUCAUUCAAAAACUGUGCAAUCGAACCAGUCCUUCGAAGACCUAAUGGUCAAAUUCGGGUCGGCGCGUAAAAUUAUCCAUUAUACGAUUUUUGUAGUUAUUUUAUUGAUUCUGAUUUUCCUGACAAUAGCGAUUUUAAUUGGAUGCUGUGACCGCGACCAUAGCGAUAAAAUCUGCAGCAAAAGCACUGGAGCUACUUGCCUGUUAAUUGCCAUAGUGCUGAUGUUCAGCGUGUUCUCACUUGUAGUUUUGGUUGGACUAUUUUACUUUGUCAUGGGUUUGAUUACCUACCAGGGAGCCUGCGCACCGUUUGAAAAUCCACAAAUUAAAUCGAUGUUAAAUCGCAAGGAUUCAGUUAUUAAACUAAAUCGGGAUACGACAAAAGACUUCCAUCAAUCGAAUCCUCUGGCGCUGCGUAUGUCAACUGAAAUUGGAGAGUGUUUGCCCAAUGAGACGAUCUUUAGUAUACUUCUUGGCUCAAAUUUGUAUGAUAUUGAAAACAAAUUGCGCGUUAAGGUUAUACAUUCCCCUUUGCCAGAGCCGAAAUUCUUUCCGUUUAAUUCGCUCGACUUCAAUAUAAAUCUAAAAGUACCAAUGCUGCUUAACAAUAACUUUAGGGAUUAUCACAGUGAAAAGUUUACAAAGUUUUUGUGCGACGAGUUAACGCCAGUAGAUUUGACUGAAAUAAUCAAGGAAAUAUUUCUAUUACACCCUAAACUAUGGACUCAGUGGGGUAUAUAUGAUUGGGCGCGAAUCGCUCUGCAGAAUGAAGCUGUUAACAUUCAAAAAUUUUAUGAUGAGCUCGUUCCCAAAGUCUUAUCCCACAUAAAUGAAAUGAGACAGAUACUGCUCGAAAUUGAUAAACUAGUGUUGUACAAGAGCAAUCAAUUUGACAAAUCCCUUCAAAUUUUGAAGGAAAUGUCAACACGAGCCACCAUUUUUAUGAGAGAUAAGGGCGAAGAAACCGCAUCAGAACUACGCCGAAAUGUCACUAUUUAUGUUGACGAUCAAGUUAACAACUAUAUCGAAAUGGUCAUUAGCGAGUGCUUAAAUAAUGUCGGGAAAUGCGCUCCGCUUGCGUAUAUUUAUUAUCGUAGUGUAGCCAUGGUUUGCGACCGCUUGAUCAAUCCUAUGAACGGUUUCUGGGUGGGCCUUCUUCUUUGCGGUCUACUUUUCCUGCCCAUCGUUUUUUUGGCCCACCACUUGCAGUGCUUGUACAGGAAGAUGUACCAAUACACACAAUAUGAGUCGCAAGGAAUUGGCAUUAUCGAAGGCGGCUGUGCGCGUUGCACGGCGUAUGCGACACCUUUCCGCCCAGGGUUUUUUGCUCAUCAGCCACACUACUGUGUCAAUGGGAACCCAAUGCCGAGCAUUGUGCAUGAGUCCGCAUUGGGUGCAACAUCGGUGGCAGAAACAGAAGCGGUGCUUGCAAGCAACACCCUGAAACGCAAACAGGAAUAACACAAGUUUCAAUUUAUGCCAUAUUCCGAAUUUAAAUGGGGUAACUUUUAAUA